AUGGGCAAGCGCCUUGGAAGAUAUGCUGAGCUGAUGGGAGAUAACAUCAUUGGCAUAUACCUCUCGAGCGAGCCGCUGUGCGACUCGAAUCUGACGACGGAAGAUGAUGAACCAAAACUACGGCGCUUCAUCCACGACCAAGAAACCAUUCAAAACCUCCGUCGGCUUGGUCAUGGAGAACACGGCGUCGUGGUUUCGGCCGAUAUCGAAGGAGCUAAUUAUGCCCUGAAAAUCUUUCAGGAGUGGAAGCAACCCGGCCCCGUCUUCUACUCGAAUCAUGACGCCAUAUGCAUCACACCGCUUGCGUGCGAGUGUAGGGCCUUUGCUAGACUGGAUUCACGUCGCGAAAAUGGAACAUGGGCUGUCAGGUGCUAUGGAUGGAUGAAACUAACAGAUGCUCAAUUUAAGGCGCUCGGCGGUGUUGUGGACACCCAUAACUUGAGCCGAUGGGUGGUCGUCAAAGAGGCUUUACCUCAGCCAACAAACCGAUCACAUCUCGAGACAAUCUAUAAGAAUUUUGAAAUCCCUAAGCGAGCACGAAUAUAUCCCCGGGACAUUCGAAUUGAGAACUAUAGAGGAUCCAAGAUUGUCGACCUUUCAAGCACUUUAACGAAGCCAUGUCCGGAAUGGAGGGGCUUCUGGUUUGAUCACUUUUACAAGGAAACUAUAAAUAGAACCCAGACGGCGCCGGCGUACGAGCCCUUUCAGAUGGUUGUUGUACCUGUCUAUAAUCACUUAUUCGACUCGGUGGGUAAUCCUGGGCUGAGAGAUCCCUCUCAGUUGGCCAUAUUUAUGGCCCUCUGA